CACUGUCGAGGGUAGACAACAAAAGCUACUUUUAGUCUCGCAGCAUCUGGAGCCGAGAGUAGUCGCUUUGAGCUUUUUCUCGCAACGUGAAAUCUCUCUCCUUUGAGAUGGUCAAAGAGAAAAAGUAAACCACAAAGAAGUAGGGAAUAUCUUUUGGUGGGUGCUACCGAGCCAAAUAAACGUCGAAUGGCUGAAAAAUUAAUUGGAGAAGCAUAAAGUUCGAUUGUUUUUUUUUAUUUAUGACUUUGUGGCAAUAAUACCGAACAGAAUGUGGCGCUCUGCAAUAUUUACGAUUUGGAUGCUAGUCAGUGUUAUCCUAUGUAGUCUGUUGCAGCCCGUGAGUACGAGAGUAGCUGGAAAAAUUGGCUACAAUAACAAUUACUACAGUGGACGCUCCUACAGUGGAAUAAAUGAAGAAAUUAUCUACGUGUCCAUAGGAAUGGGCAUCACAAUUGCUAUUCUAAUCAGCUUAGCACUGUGCUACAUCAUGCGAGAAAAAUGUCAGAAAAGAAGAGAAUACUAUAUUACAGCGUAAGGUGGAAGCAUUUUGCGAGAUCUUUGUAUCAUUUUCAUCCAACAUUGCUGUCGAAUGUGAUUUGUGAGCGGAAUUGAAUGUCUCUCAAAAUCAUUGCAAUAUAUUCAACAAUUACACAUUGGCUUUAACAAGUGAAAAUGGUGAGUAAACUUGAUGAUAAU